AUGGAGCAGCACCAACUCGAGCACCUCGGACAUGCUAUCGUCGGCUUAUGCAUGAUGUUCUUCUGUACAUCCCUUGUCCACGUCUACUUGACCUCCAAAUUUUGGAAUCAUGAUGGACCGCGGACACACAACGAUGAUGGGUUGCUCGUCCUAGCAACAAUCACUCUCUUCACGGUUAUACCUGCUUUGUGGACAACUGGACUCGUUUUCUGGAUCGAUCAUCUCACUUACGUCUCGGUCAUUCAGCGAAUCAGCUCCAUCAUUGGUGGUAUUGGGGCGGCAAAUAUCGGCAUGGUAUGGGCGUGUUUGUGGAAGUCGUCGGCCACAAUAAACACUUAUCUUGCAUACACGCUGUGGCCAGCGUACUUGGGGUUGAUAUUUGGUGCCUAUAUGACCUCCACGUCCUAUUUUUGCUCUGACAACGACACGGCCGACAAUAAUGACUCUCUUCUACUAAAAGACCUUGAAUCCGGCAGGUCCGGAAUUGAAUUUGACAGCCACGAAGCUCCGCAGGAACCGGACCGUUCAGACGAUUCUCUGGACCUUCCAGAAGACGAAGUCGGACAAGGGCUUCUUGGUGGUCGAAGCACAAGAAAGCAGUACGCCGAGACUCGCCCAAGCCAAUCAGGAUGGUUCGGCUCUUUUCUCAAAGGGCCCGAUCCUCCACGGAAACAUCAUAUUAGCCCUAUAUUUGAAGGUCUCCAGACCGCGCCAACUCGCGUCGUGAAGCACCUAUUCCCAAGUCUGAGAUCAAAAUUAAUUGCUUUGAUCGUGUUCCAUGCCCUAUGGGCGGCGAUAUUCUUGACAAUUCUGAAUUGGUCAGUCGUUGGCCCUGAGAUUCCCGAUUACGGCAUACCGAAUCGGCUGUCGUGCGGAGCGAGAUUAUGGCACAAUGGUACUCUUUGUGGUAUUGAUGGUAAUGCAUGCCGUCCGUUCGACGAGCAAAGUUUUGCAUUCAAAUGUCCUGCUGGAUGUCGUGAUACGAUUCUCCUUGAGCCGUACACUGUAGGUGACCAGGAGCUCAACUACAGAAGUCUUGUCAUCGGAGGGGCACCCGAGAGUAAUGCUUCUUUUUACCGCGGUGACUCCUUUGUCUGCGCUGCUGCAAUUCACGCUGGCGUCAUCAAUAAUGCCGCCGGAGGAUGUGGCAUUCUUCGACGCACAGGCGAGCAACUUGGCUUUAGCGGGGCGAAGCAGAAUGAUAUCGAAAGUGUCUCCUUCAAUUCAUACUUUCCUUUGUCAUUUGACUUUGAAAGAGAGACGACUGUUGUAUGUCGGGAUCCUCGCUGGCUACUCUUUGCCAUAUCCCUCGUUUUCACCUCUGUGAUCUCGCUGUGCACCACAUCGCCAAGCGUAUUCUAUGUCUCGGUAUGGUUCAUAUCCUGGUUCCAGGUCGCACUUGCAUCCGAUCCCCCGUUCGCUUCAGACUACCUCGAGGUCGUCUCAAUCGGGAUAGGCCGUUUGCUACCCGCUGCCUUCGUCGGCUGGGCUAUCUAUUACUUCUGUGUCCGGGAAACUCUCAGUGGUCUUACUGCUCAGUUCGAGAAAACAAUGUUAUGGCUUGGUCCGUUCUGGGUGGGCGCCCUGAAUACAGAUACCUUUGACCGCAUCCCAAUUUCUCGCUUGACUCCACACGACAUCCAACAGCAACCGGGAGCUAUCCCGGCGUUGAUAAUUAUCGUCGCAGUUAUCGUCGUUACCAUGGUCACGCAAGCCUUGGCCAUCUGGUCAGCGGGAAAGCUGCCUCGCUAUUUGGUGAUAUAUGGGGUCAUGGCAGGGGCCUUGAUGAUUAUGAUCAUCCUUCCUCAGCUUAAUCUGCGCAUUCAUCAUUACAUUAUUUCGCUGCUACUCCUGCCUGGAACUGCACUUCAAACUCGACCAUCGUUAAUAUACCAGGGUUUACUCAUGGGUUUGUUCAUUAAUGGUAUUGCGCGUUGGGGCUUUGAUAGUAUCCUUCAGACCCCGAAUGCCCUGCUUGGGGACGCUCAACUGGGCAGUGUUCUGCCCAAUAUUAAGGUACCCAUCAUUAGCGCCGCGGGAGAUAACCUUACAUUUUGGUUCUCUGCCCUUCCAAGCGACAUCGCUGGUAUCGCGGUGAUGGUCAAUGAUGUCCUACGCGCCAAUAUAUACCGUGCUGCACCCAAGACAGCCGAAGACGGUGCUGCUAACAAGACAGCAGCAGAUAUGUCAUUUGAGUGGACACGCAUACAUCAGAAUCAUUCGGAGUAUUUCCGAUUUGCGUAUAUGAAAAAUAGUGCGCUGGGAGGGUUGUGGUAUGAAGACUUCGGCAAAGCAGGCACUUGGACAGAGGAUGGAGAUUGGAUUCCAAUGGAUCAAGGUCAUUGA